ACAUCCACUUUAUGAUUUGUUGCGCGCACAUCACGCUGACGCUGUAGUUCCACAGGACGUUCACCACCCCCUCUCUAUCUCUUUCCCCCUUACCUCGCUGACUUGCGGCAAGCAUCACAAGUGCAGAUUCAAGGCAUCAUUCAAACAGUCUACGCUGCACUUGUGUGUUGCGUGCGUUCACCAGCAACGUCUGUUGACCCAGGGAAUCAACCAUGUGCACAUCGUGCGGAGCGCACCACGAGUCCGCAGACUCGCACACUUGAUGCCCCUCAGAGCAGAAAUGCUCGAGCCCUCGUCCAGAUUGCUUCGGUUCUCUCCUGAAUUUGAGUCUCCCUUCACUUCUAUGCCUUCAGCGUACAUAUAGCACGGCGGACGGCGCUGCGUGUCUCUCCUCUUGAGAAGAAGAGGGAAUCGACCAGGAAGAAGAAAAAAAAAUACGUUAGGGAUUACAUCGUUCGACCUGUGACAAUGACGCGGAUUCACGGGGAAGAAUGCUACGAGGGAUCUAUGGAAGUGCAGGACGUCUCCAGCCGGAGAUGCGUUAAAUGUGGCCGAGCCGAAACCACCAAGAUGAGGAUUAGGAUGGGAAUUGUUUUUUGGAAUCUCUUGUUUUGCCUCAUGUUCACCUGUGUUGAAGGUUUUAUCCAUACAUGUGGAGGUACUUUAAAGGGGAGGAAUGGGACCCUAGAAAGCCCUGGGUUUCCCUAUGGUUAUCCCAAUGGAGCAAACUGUACCUGGGUGAUCGUCGCUGGAGAGGGCAACAGGAUUCAUAUAGUUUUUCAAUCUUUUGCUCUGGAAGAAGAAUAUGACUUUUUAUCUCUGUAUGAUGGCCAUCCACAAACGGCAAACUUCAGAACAAGAUUAACAGGAUUUAGCAUCCCUCCACCUGUGACCAGUUCUGGCUCAAUUUUUUCACUGAGGCUUACCAGUGACUUUGCAGUAAGUGCACAUGGAUUUAAAGCAUUCUAUGAAGAGCUUUGGAGCAGCUCAUGUGGAUAUCCGGGCAUUCCACCUAAAGGCAUACUGAAUGGAACUCAGUUCAAUGUAGGGGCGAAGAUCCGUUACAGGUGUAUCUCUGACUAUGUCCUGGAUGGCCAUUCAUUGCUCACCUGUGUCACCAAUGCAGCUGGUGUGUCCGUAUGGGACUUCCCUGUGCCAAUGUGUAGAGCGGAGAACACAUGUGGUGGAACCGUGAGGGGUUCCAGUGGCUACAUAUCCAGCUUUGAUUUCCCCAGCUGGAGCUCCCCUGGUGCUGGAGGACUGGGCAGCAGUGGAGAGUGUAAAUGGACCAUCCUCGCUGACCCAGGGGACACCAUCUCAUUGGUGUUUACAGAAUUCCAAAUGGAAGAGAAGUCUGAUUAUCUUGAAGUAGAAGGAUCUGAAUCACCAGCAAUCUGGCUGACUGGUAUGAAUAUCCCUGCACCCAUCAUCAGCAACAAAAACUGGCUGCGGCUGCAUUUUGUGACAGAGAGCAAUCAUCGCCACAAAGGCUUCAGGGCUCAGUAUCAAGUGAAAAGCUCUGGAGACCUUAAAUCCAGAGGGGUAAAAUUGUUACCAGGCAAGGACAACAUGAACAAACUGUCUUUGAUGAAUGAAGGAGGAGUCAAACAGCUGUCGAAUUAUUGCCCUGACCCAGGAGAGCCAGAGAAUGGCAGACGGAUUGGCUCAGACUUCAGCAUCGGAGCAACCAUUCAAUUUAUCUGCCAUGAAGACCAUGUGCUGCAGGGUUCCAAAACGAUUACCUGCCAGCGUGUCGCUGAAGUCUUUGCAGCUUGGAGCGACCACAGGCCCGUCUGCAAGGUGAAAACUUGUGGGUCUAAUCUACUGGGACCUUCGGGAACAUUCACAUCUCCUAACUUCCCCAUCCAAUAUGAGAGUAACUCCCAAUGUUUGUGGAUCGUCACUGCCAGUGAUCCAAACAAGGUUAUUCAGAUCAACUUUGAAGAAUUUGACUUGGAGAUUGGAUAUGAUUCGCUAACGAUUGGCGAUGGAGGGGAAGUAGGGGAUUCUAAAACAAUAAUCCAAGUACUAACGGGGAGCUUUGUCCCAGACCUGAUUGUGAGCAUGUCUCAUCAGAUGUGGCUUCAUCUGCAAUCUGAUGAAAGUGUGGGCUCAAUUGGCUUCAAGAUCAACUACAAAGAAAUUGACAAAGAGAGCUGUGGUGAUCCUGGUACACCACUCUAUGGCUACCAAGAGGGAAGUGGAUUUUUAAAUGGAGACAUUCUGCGAUUUGAGUGCCAGUUUGGAUUUGAGCUCAUUGGGGAGAGGAUGAUAACCUGUCAAAACAACAAUCAGUGGUCUGCCAAUAUUCCCAUCUGCAUAUUUCCCUGUUUUUCCAACUUCACGGCUCCCACGGGGACUGUGCUGUCUCCCGACUAUCCAGAAGGCUAUGGGAACAACCUCCACUGUGUCUGGUUGAUAAUCUCAGAGCCUGGCUCCAGAAUACACCUGGCAUUUAAUGACUUUGACCUUGAACCACCCUAUGACUUCCUCACCAUCAAAGAUGGCGACCAAUCAGGGGCCACUAUUUUGGGACAUUUCUCUGGAGGAGAAGUUCCUUCCCACUUGACGUCCAAUAGUAACAUCUUGCAGCUUGAGUUUCAAGCUGAUCACUCAAUGUCAGGGCGAGGGUUCAACAUCACCUAUAGCACUUUCGGGCGUAAUGAGUGCCCUGACCCUGGCAUACCACUGAAUGCCAGGCGCUUCGGGGACAGCUUCCAACUGGGCAGCUCCAUUUCUGUGGUCUGUGAAGAGGGCUUCAUCAAGACGCAGGGUGCUGACACCAUUUCAUGCAAUUUAGAGGAAGGCAAGGUGAUGUGGAGCGGCCUCAUUCCAAAAUGUGAAGCUCCCUGUGGGGGUCACUACUCAGGUGCAUCUGGGGUCAUCCUCUCCCCAGGAUGGCCUGGCUACUACAAAGACUCACUGAGUUGUGAGUGGGUAUUAGAAGCUGAGUCAGGACGCUCCAUCAAGAUCAGCUUUGACAGGUUUCAAACUGAACUCAGCUAUGACUUUCUGGAGGUACAUGAUGGGCCGAACCUGCUUUCACCUCUGAUUGGCUCAUUCAAUGGAACCCAGGUUCCUCAGUUUAUGUUUAGUACCAGCAACUUCCUAUAUUUGCUGUUCACUACAGACAACAGCAGAUCCAACAGUGGCUUCAAAAUCUUCUAUGAAGUUGUUACAGUGGACACCUACUCCUGUAUGGAUCCUGGUAUCCCAGUCAGUGGUGUGCGGCUGAGCAACGACCUGUCAAUUGGCUCUACAAUAUCCUUCCAAUGUGAUCCUGGAUAUAGUCUGAGCUUUGAAGAACCACUGGUUUGUGAAAAGAACCACUUCUGGAGUCACCCUCUACCCACUUGUGAUGCAUCUUGUGGUGGUGAUAUCAAAGGGCCCGGUGGUGUGAUCCUCUCGCCUGGCUACCCUGAGUUGUAUCCAAACUCCCUGAACUGUACAUGGACCGUGGAGGUUAGCCAUGGAAAAGGUGUUCAAUUCACUUUCCACUCCUUCCACCUGGAGGAUCACCAUGACUAUCUUCUGAUAACAGAAAAUGGUAGCUUUGUUCAGCCACUGGCUCGACUCACUGGCUCCGAUAGGCCAGCUCCAGUUAACGCGGGCCUGUAUGGCAACUUCAAAGCACAGCUUCGCUUCAUUUCGGACUUCUCCAUAUCUCUUCAGGGAUUCAACAUCUCCUUCUCAGAGUAUGACCUUGAGCCCUGUCAAGACCCCGGAACACCCCACUUUGGCUGGCAUGCAGGCUCGAGGUUUGGCAUUGGUGACACCCUUAUGUUCCAUUGCAACACUGGCUAUCGGCUGCAGGGGGCAAAGGAGAUUACAUGCCUGGGAGGUGGCCGCCGUAUGUGGAGUGCCCCUCUGCCAAGGUGUGUGGCGGAAUGUGGAUCAACAGUCUCCAAAAAUGAGGGUGUUCUUUUGUCGCCAAACUACCCAUUUCCAUAUGACAACAGUCACGAAUGUGUCUACAGUAUUCAUGUUCAAAGAGGGAAAGGCAUCAACAUUACCGCCAGCAUGUUUCAACUUGCACAAGGUGACAUCCUCAAGGUGUAUGAUGGGAGAGAUGGUGCGGCUCCACUCCUCAGCACAUACAUGGGCACAUCCAUGCAAGGUCUGUCAAUGACCAGCACUUCCAAUUAUAUGUGGCUGGAAUUCUACUCUGACCGGGAAGGCACAGCAGCAGGUUUUCACUUCAAAUACCACAGUUUUGAGCUAUCCCAUUGUGAUGAACCUGGUGUGCCACAGUUUGGCUUUAAAGUCAGUGACCAGGGUCACUUUGCUGGAAGUGCGAUCACAUUUGGCUGUGACCAAGGUUACACCCUGCACGGCAGUGGCAUUCUGAAAUGCAUGACUGGCGAGAGAAGGGCGUGGGACAACAGCCUACCAUCAUGUAUAGCGGAGUGUGGUGGCAAUUUCAAGGGGAAAUCUUCAGGGCGCAUCCUUUCACCUGGUUACCCGUUUCCUUAUGACAACAACCUGAGAUGCACAUGGACCAUUGAGGUCAACUCUGGAAAUAUUGUCAGCCUCCAGUUUCUUGCUUUUGACACCGAGGCAUCCCAUGAUAUUCUGAAGGUGUGGGAUGGGCCUCCGGAAAAUGAAAUGUCUCUGAAGGAGCUUAGCGGCUCACUGCUGCCUGAGGGAAUUCACUCAACUCUCAAUGUGGUCACCAUUCAGUUUGAAACUGACUUUUACAUCACCAAGUCUGGGUUUGCUAUUGACUUCUCCAGUUCUCUUGCCACUGCCUGCAGAGAUCCAGGUAUUCCAAUGAAUGGUAGUCGCAACGGGGAAGGGCGGGAGCCCGGUGACUCUGUGACCUUCUCUUGUGAUCCGGGAUAUGAAUUGCAGGGGGAGAGCAGAAUCACCUGCAUCCAAGUGGAAAAUAGAUACUACUGGAAACCCAGCCCCCCAAGCUGCAUUGCUCCAUGUGGGGGGAAUGUGACUGGAUCUUCAGGAUUCAUCCUGUCACCCAACUACCCACACCCCUACCCACAUAGUAAAGACUGUGAUUGGCUUAUUGCUGUCCACUCCGACUAUGUCAUCUCCUUGGCUUUUAUCAGCUUCAGUAUUGAGCCCAACUAUGAUUUCUUGUACAUCUACGAUGGACCAGACAGCAGCACGUAUCUGAUUGGCAGUUUCCAGGAUAGCAAACUACCUGAGAAGAUUGAGAGCUCCUCCAACUUCAUGUACUUGGCAUUUCGUAGUGACGGUUCUGUGAGCUACACUGGCUUUCAUUUAGAGUACAAAGCCAAACUGCGGGAGGCCUGUUUUGAUCCAGGUAAUGUGAUGAAUGGCACCAAAAUGGGCACUGACUACAAGCUGGGAUCAAUGGUUACAUAUAAUUGUGAGGCCGGAUACCUACUGGAAGGCUACUCUACUCUGACAUGUAUGAUGGGCAACAGCAAGAGACCAGAGUGGGAUAGAAGCAAGCCAAGCUGUCAAGCUCCCUGCGGUGGUCACUUCACUGGUUCAGAGGGCACCGUGUUGUCUCCAAACUAUCCACAUAAUUACACCAGAGGACAGAAGUGUGUGUAUGAUAUCUUUGUCCCGGGGGACUUUGUGUUGUUUGGGCAGUUUGUGGUGUUUCAUACACUAGCCAGUGAUGUUGUUGAGAUCUAUGACGGAUCCUCUACAGAUUCAUCGCUUCUAUCAUCAAUUUAUGGAUCCCAUUCAGGGGAGACGCUCCCUUUGAGCUCAGGAAACAAGGUAACACUGAAGUUUAGCUCAAACGGAACGGACACGGCAAAAGGGUUUCAUUUUGUUUACCAAGCCGUCCCCAGGACAAGUUCCUCUCAGUGUAGUUCGGUCCCAGAGCCCCGAUUUGGGAAGCGUGUCGGGAACGAAUUUGGCACGAGUAUGGUCGUCCUUUUUGAGUGCAAUCCAGGCUAUCUGCUGCAUGGUGCCAGUGCCAUCAAGUGUGAGACUGUGCCCAAUGCUCUGGCCCAGUGGAACGGCACUGUGCCCACAUGUGUUGUUCCCUGUGGAGGGGUGCUGACGGGCCGCAGAGGCACUAUUCUCUCUCCAGGAUACCCAGACCCAUAUGCCAACUACCUGAACUGUGCUUGGAAAAUAACAGUUCCAGAGGGAGCUGGCAUCCAGAUUCAAGUCGUGACCUUUGCAACAGAGCACAAUUGGGAUUCUCUGGAUUUUUUUGAUGGAAUCGAUGGCAAUUCUCCAAGGCUUGGUAGCUACUCAGGCACGACGAUUCCUCAACUACUGAACAGCACAUCAAACAACCUCUACCUGACCUUUCAGUCUGACAUCAGUGUCUCGGCUGCUGGCUUCCAUUUGGAGUACACAGCAAUAGGUUUGGAUUCGUGCCCCGAACCGCAGCCCCCAACUAAUGGCCACAAAGUGGGAGACCGCUACACCGUCGGCGACAUGGUUUCCUUCCAGUGUGACGAAGGCUUCUCGCUACAGGGUAAUGCAUAUAUUACGUGCAUGCCUGGUCCUGUCAGAAGGUGGAAUUACCCUGUACCACUAUGCUUAGCUCAAUGUGGCGGCUCCAUGUCCGAUUUCAGCGGUGUCAUCCUCAGCCCAGGAUUUCCAGGGAAUUACCAGAGCAGCCUGGACUGCAGCUGGAGAGUUCGACUUCCUAUUGGCUUUGGCAUCCAUCUGCAGUUUUUGAACUUCUCCACAGAGCCAGUUCAUGACUAUCUUGAAGUGCGCAGUGGGAAUUUGGAGACUGCAACUGUGAUUGAUCGGUUCAGUGGCUCACUGGUACCCAACUCUCUGUUCAGCACCACCCAUGAGACGACGCUCUUCUUCCAUAGUGACUACUCCCAAAACAAGCCUGGCUUCAACAUUAUCUAUCAAGCAUACGAGCUCCAAAGAUGCCCGGAUCCACGUCCAUUCCGUAAUGGCGCAGUGAUCGGCCAAGACUUCAGUGUGGGGAUGACCAUUACUUUUGAGUGCCUCCCGGGUUAUACUUUGCUCGGGGAGCCUUCACUCACUUGCCUGCAUGGAGUCAGCAGAAACUGGAAUCACCCCAUACCUCGCUGUGAAGCUCUCUGUGGCGGGAAUGUAACAUCAAUGAAUGGCACAAUUUACUCUCCUGGACACCCAGCUGAAUACCCCCACUUCCAGGACUGCAUGUGGACUGUCAGAGUGCCUCCCGGUUAUGGCAUCGAUAUCACAUUUUCUAUUAUCGAUACUGAACCAAUCUACGACUAUAUCACUGUGUGGGAUGGACCCGACCAAACCUCACCUCAGAUUGGUCAAUUCAGUGGCAGCUCUGCGCAGGACUCAAUAUCCACGACUGCCAAUCAGAUCCUCAUCAAGUUCCACAGUGACUUCAGUACAAGCGGCUUCUUUGUGCUGAAUUAUUAUGCAUACCAACUGAGAAAAUGUCAGCCACCCCUUCCUGUUGCCAACGCCACCGUUCUGACCGAUGACAACGACUUUGAAAUAGGGGACAUUAUUCAGUACUCAUGCCUGCCAGGCUUCACAUUGGUUGGGAGUGAGAUUCUGACCUGUCGACUUGGAGAGCGGCUUCAGAUGGAUGGACCCCCACCAGUCUGUCAAGUCCAAUGUCCUGCUCACGAGGUCCGUUUUGACUCAACGGGGGUAAUUCUGAGCCCAGGCUACCCUGAAAAUUACCCCAACCUCCAGAUGUGCUCCUGGCUGAUAAAUGUGGAGAAGGGUUACAACAUUUCGCUGCAUUUUGAACUCUUCCAGACGGAAAAGGAGUUUGACAUUUUGGAAAUAUUUGAUGGUCCAAACAUUUACAGCCAGAGCCUGGCAUCACUCAGUGGUGACAUUGAGACGCCAUUCAAUCUGACCACCACUGGCCAUCAGCUCCUGUUGCGCUGGUCAUCUGACCACGGCACCAACCGGCGAGGCUUCCACAUCAGAUAUGUGGGUGAGUAUCAAACACUGUACUGCAGUACCCCUGACUCUCCACAACAUGGUUUUGUGGUCAGUCAAACUGGGGGUCAUGUGAACAGCACAGUGCGCUGGGCCUGCGACAGGGGAUACAAGCUGAUCGGAAAGGGGACUGCUGUAUGCAAGAAGACCGCCUCUGGCUAUUACACUUGGGACACGCCAAUUCCCGCCUGUCAAGCUGUGUCAUGUGGUGUGCCCAGUGCGCCAGUGAAUGGAGGUGUUCUCGCUGCCGAUUAUUCCGUUGGCACACGAGUGACCUACUUUUGCGACAGUGGUUACCGGCUUUCCUCCAAAGAGUUAACGACAACAGUCUGCCAGCCAGACGGUACCUGGAGCAACCACAACAAGAUACCCGGAUGCAUCCUUAUGAUGUGCCCCAGUCUAAGCUCCUUUUCGCUGGACCAUGGAAAAUGGAGUAUCGUCAAUGGGUCGUCCUAUGAAUAUGGCACAAAAAUAAUCUUCACCUGUAACCCGGGAUACUUCCGUGUUGGUCCUGCUCACAUCCAGUGCCUAGCGAAUGGGGUUUGGAGUUGGAGAAAUGAAAGGCCCAGAUGCAGAAUUAUUUCAUGUGGCGACCUGCCCAUUCCACCUAAUGGGAAGAAAAUUGGGACCCAGAUUACCUUUGGAGCAUCAGCCAUUUUCAGCUGUAACCUUGGCUAUGUUUUAACUGGAUCGAUUGUUAGAGAGUGUCUCCUGUCCGGACUUUGGAGUGGAACAGAGACUCAUUGCCUGGCUGGUCAUUGUGGCAUUCCUGAGCAGAUAGUGAAUGGGCAGGUGAUCGGUGAGAACUUCGGUUAUCGAGACACUGUGGUUUACCAGUGCAACUCUGGAUUUAGGCUCAUUGGCUCCUCAGUACGGAUCUGCCAACAGGACCACAACUGGUCUGGACAAUUCCCAGUGUGUAUCCCUGUCACGUGUGGCCAUCCCGGCAGCCCCAUCUAUGGGCGAACCAUCGGCGAGGGCUAUAACUACAACGAUGUGGUGCGUUUCUCCUGUAAUAAAGGCUAUAGCCUGGAGGGGCCUUCUUCAGCCCAGUGCCAGGCUAGCCGCCAGUGGAGCCAGCUGCCUGCAACAUGUAGAGUGGUGAAUUGCACAGACCCUGGCAUCCCUGCCAAUUCAAUCCGUGAAAGCAAGAUUGAGCACGGCAACUUUACAUUUGGCAGUGUGGUGUUCUACAAUUGCAACCCUGGAUAUGACCUGUUUGGCUCCUCGGUGCUAACCUGCCAACCAGUUGGCCACUGGGACAAACCUCUGCCAGAAUGCAUCGAGGUGAACUGCGGACACCCAGGAUGUCCUCCACACGGAGUUAUGAUUGGAGAAAAGUUCACCUUUGGCUCUACGGUGCAAUAUUCCUGCUCUGGAGACCGCCAGCUCGUGGGAGACUCAUUACUCACUUGUCAGCUUCAUGGCCAUUGGAGUGGCCCGCUGCCCCAUUGCUCAGGCAACAUCGUGGGGACCUGUGGGGAUCCUGGCACGCCUACACAUGCCAGCAGGGAAGCAGGGAACUUCAAAGUGCGAAGCAAGGUGCGAUUCACCUGCGCAAUUGGACAUACGCUGUAUGGCUCAGCAGAGAGGAUUUGCUUCCCCAAUGGGACAUGGUCAGGGAGACAGCCAUUCUGCAAAUCUGUGCAGUGUGGGAACCCAGGGACACCUGCUCAUGGCCGUAUUGCCCGUGUGAAUGGCACAACCUUCUCCCACUCCAUUGUAUAUUCUUGUUUGGAAGGCUAUUUCCUCUCAGGUGUACCUACACGCCAAUGUCUGGCGAAUGGCACAUGGUCUGGCAUUGCUCCAAACUGCACAAUGAUCACUUGUGGCGAUCCAGGAAUCCCAGCAAAUGGGCUUAGAUUUGGAGAUGACACCACCGUGGGCCACAAUGUAACCUUUAUGUGCCAGCCGGGUUUUGUGAUGAGUGGAGGGGACCACAGUGCCACCAGGACCUGCACCAAUAACGGCACGUGGUCUGGUGCCAUUCCGACUUGCAAGGUGGUGAUGUGUGUGACGCCUCCAUCCAUCCCUAACAGCUUAUUGGAGGGCUCUGUGUGGGAAUGGGGGACCAGUGUGAGUUACAGCUGUCUGUCAGGCUAUGAGCUGUCCUUCCCUGCUGUUCUCACCUGCACUGGGAAUGGGACGUGGAGUGGAGACCUCCCUCAGUGCCUGCCCAAAUUCUGUGGUGAUCCCGGUACGCCUGUGCAAGGACUGCGAGAAGGGCGCAGCUUCAUCUUUAAGUCAGAGGUCACAUUUAAUUGCAUUGCCCCUUUUAUAAUGGUCGGAUCAACAACACGCUUGUGCCAGGAGGACGGCACCUGGAGUGGAUCUCAGCCACGCUGCAUUGAACCCACAAGAACCACAUGUGGAAAUCCAGGAGUGCCUGAACAUGGCUUCAUGAAUUACACAACUGGUUUUAAGGUGGGCAGCAGAGUGGACUUCGAGUGCCAAGAGGGACGCAUCCUGCAGGGCUCCAUAACCCGCCUUUGUUUACCAGAUCUCACAUGGACCGGGACCCAGCCUACCUGUGUCCCUCACGCAUGCAAUCAGCCCCAAAGCCCAGCCAACUCUGAUGUGGUGGGCCUGGACCUGGCCUCCUAUGGUUACACCCUAGUAUACACCUGUCAGCCAGGAUACUUUCUUUCUGGGGGUUCAGAGCACCGCUUCUGCCGCUCUGAUGGCAGCUGGACUGGCAAGGUGCCCGUGUGCAGAGCCGGAUCUAAGUCACAGGAAAAAACUGUCAAAUUAAUACCAGGUACACCAAGCCCAAAAAUAAAUGUUCCUGAGGACGUCUUUGCCCCUGAUUUCCUGUGGAAAGGCUCCUAUGAUUACAAGGGACAGAAGAAGCCAAUAACGAUGACAGUCACAAGCUUUAAUACUACAACAGGAAAAGUGAAUGUAACUUUAAAUGACAGUAGCAUGGAGUUUCUACUCUCUGGAGUGUACAAGCACCAGGAUGCGAGGUUGACACUUCUGCUAGACCACAGGAAAGCGCUGGCCCACAGCUCCCUGAGUCGGAUUAUGGUGGAGACCUGGUCAAUGGAAGGAUUUGUUUCAGCUGAGCCUGAAGGCAGCAACUUUGUCUACCAAGGCUUUAUACAGGCUAAAGACUACGGACAGUUUGGACUACAGAGACUAGGUUUGAGUGUGAGAGAGAAUUUUACGCUCAGUGACCCUGAAACCAAUACAUCCACCAACAGCAGUUCUGUUGCUGUUGCGAUCCUUGUGCCUUUCUUUUCCCUCAUCUUGGCUGGACUUGGUUUUUAUCUCUACAAACAGAGGAAAACGGACAAAGCGCAGUACACAGGAUGUUCUGUGCACGAGAACAACAACGGACAGGCUACAUUUGAGAAUCCCAUGUACAACACUAAUACAAAAACUGCCGAGGGGAAAGUCGUCCGCUUUGACCCCAGUCUCAACACCAUCUGUACCAUGGUUUGAUGCCUGCAGCAUCUACAAGAAAGACUUUGUUUCGUUAACAUGAAUAUAUAUGGACUUAUUUAGAGCUUUUUUCUGGUUAAUGCCAAACAAUGUCAGAGAGCUGCUCAGAAAUACAAAGCACAAUUUCACCAACAAUGAGGGGUCCCUUGCCAUUAGCGGUGUACACACAAGAGGUAAGAAAUGGAAAUGAGGAAGAAGAAUGCCUCAUUGCCUUCUUAUAAGUUGGCGAAGAAGAUGACGGGCUUGCUACACUGUGAGUGUUGAGAUAAGAGCCUCUGGUCAAAUAGUUGUAUGCAUUUUCGGGUAAUUAUGUCACAAUCCCAAGUGAGAAAAUUUUUAUUAGAUUUUCAUGUCCACAUCAGGGCAGCCCGGUGUUUGACUGGUUAGUCUGUUGGCCUCACAGUGCAGACGUGCAGGGUUUCCUGUGUGGAGUUUGCAUGUUCUCCCAAUGCCUGCGUGGGUUUUCUCUGGGUACUCUGUUUUCCUCCCACAUUCCAAAAACAUGCGUGACAGGUUCAUGGAACACUCGAAAAUGUCCCUGCGUGUUGAGUGUGAGCGCGUUUGGUUGCCCGUCUCUGUGAGCCCUGCGAUGAGUUGGCAGCCACUUCAAGGUGUACCCUGCCUACUGCCUGAAGACAGCUGUGAUGGGUCCCAGCACUCCCAGCGAGUGAGAAUAAAUGGAUCAGAAAAUGCAUAUAAACUUCGAGACAUUUUUUUUGUGGAUGUAUGAGUCCCACACAUUCUGUUUUGUUUUAAGCCUCAAAAUUGAGGUGUAAUAUUUUCCAAGUGGCAGGAAAAUGAGAAGUUUCUUCUCUACGACUAUGGUUGGGUCUCUCAUCUUUUUAAAGUUGUUUUUAAAUUAUGUGGGCCUCUGUUUAUUUACUGAAGUGCGGUGCCACUUUUCGAGUUCCAAUGGGAAAGAUUUCACUUUUAAUGUGCAGUAUUGUCAGAUUAUUUAUUUUAUGUUUAUGUGCUAUUAAUUUGUUCAUCCACAGAAAUGUGUUUAAAUGUGAGUGUUGAAAGUGCUCUGCAUAAGUCUCGACUUUUGAGUGUGUUGGUCAUAUUGGGGGAAGGUUUCAACAAGUAUAUUGAAAUGAUCCAAAGUAAUUUAUUUUCAUGGGCUGUAUUUGGAUCAUUAUGUAACUCCACUCUUAAAGUGAAUGAAACCCCUCUCAAGAGGCAUACAUGAUCUCAAAGUGAAACAUUUUUACAGGGUCUAUUUAGCGUCAAUUUUAAGCAUUUGUACAGCAGUGUUGACCAGAUUUUAGUACAUUUCAUACAUGAUCACAAGCGAAAUAUGCCAAAUAUCAAUCUGUCAUUUUAAGUUUAGUUAAGAUUAGCUCUUACACUUUCUUGAUUUCUUAUAUUACUCCAAGAUGCAACUUCCACAUCUUUAUUGUUGAGUACAAGUUAUUGUGCCUGGUGUUUUGAGGGAAGCUGUGCCUUAUAGUGCACACAUUAUGGGCUCAUGUUACUUCUCCAUUUGCAACUUCCUAGGUUCUCCUUCCCAAUGUUAGUAUCAUAGUAAUGAGUAGACUGACAGAGAAGCACGUCAGGAGGAGGGACAAGUUCCUCGUUCAUUUUAUGGAGGCAACACUAUUAGAUGCCUCAUCACAUCAUUGAUGAUAUAAGUCAUCAGUCACUAUCGCCAAAUUAUUACUUUCACGACAAAUGUCUACGUAAUGCCCUAAUACUCAAGUGGGAUUACAGUAAAUUAAAAUAAAAUCAACACUGCAACUCAGAGAUGGAAGUAAGUUGCAUACGUGCAAGUCACAAGCAAGCCUGAAAUCAUAAACUGCAAGUCUCAAGCUACUGUGGAAAAAAUAUUAAGCAAGUCAAGUCGAGUUGGGUCGCCUCCAAAUUUCAAGCAAAUUGAGUCUCGUCAUUAUGUAGCUUUCAUUCUUCAGUCAAGUCAUACAAUCUUGCUCAGUCACAAUAUUAUCAUGAUCAUAUAUAUAUCGCACAAAAAAUACAUUUCCAACUAAAAGUUAAAAGAACACACAAAAAGUAAAUUUAUAUCUCUAAAAAUUAACAACUUAAGGGUAUCAAAUUAAGUUAUGUAUCAUGAUAUAUAGGAGAAUGCAUUUUUUUAACUUAAGUUUGCUUUUUUAGCGCCACAAGAGUACAGUAUCUCACAUAACUAUGAUUAUAAAUAUUGACGUAAUACUUUAUUCAUGAGUAACUGUGUAUCGUAAUUAGCACAUUUACAAACUACACAAGGGGUGUCCAUUACGUCGAUCCUGAUCUACCGGUAGAUGUAAGACAGGUCCCAAGUAGAUCCGAGGAGUGUCGAGGAGAAAAAAAAAACGGUUAAAACCAUUUGUGUGUCUUUGUACAUGUUUGUAAUAUAUUUUUGUGUUAAUGUACGCUGCACCCUAAUCAUCCUAUCAGUCUCAUUUUCACAAAAUAAAUAUUUAUAAAAAUAAAAUAAAGCAGGUAAAUCUUGAAUUUACGGUGGCGCGUGAUUACGUCACCGGAAGUUAUCACUCAGCAGUCUGCAAUUGCAGCUUGUGAUAAGAGCUGUUGCGCUCUCUCUUUUAUCUUUAACAUUCUCAUUCAGAGUUUGCUUCGUGUACAAUUCACCGAGGGCACGGGCAAAGAAUAUGAACCUAGAAGGGCCCAGGGAAGCACUUUAAAACGGUUCGCGUGAGCUACGAUAGUUAACAGGCUGCAAAAGUGCAUCGCAUGCCUCAGUUUCAGGCUGUUUCUCAUCAUGGUGCACGUGUACGUGCGUGCGCGUACGUGCUGGUAAGGGUAGAUCCCGUGAGGUUAGUUGAUCGAAAAAUAGAUCUUCGGUCCAAAAAGUUUGGGCACCGGUGAACUACACAAUGGUGUUGUUUUGGGGACCAGUGUGUUUAGCAAAUCUGUUUGUGUGCGUAAAUUGAUCAAUUUGAGGCACUGACUUUGUACAACCUUUUAGGUUGUUGCUUUAUUAAGUUUUGUCAAGUUGACAUGCAUUAGGUUACAGGCUGUCAUGCAACAUCAAUGAUAUGCUGGACACUGACAUCUCAAAACGCCACAAGAGAUGCAGUCUGUACACAUUUCUACUCUUUAACUGCAAUCGCUUUUUUUUUUUAAUGGAAGCAUUUCAAGAUAACAGUCUCCAUAAUGUCUGAUUUAUCACUUUAUUGCCUUCUCGCUUAAAUUCACAGGUGGCAUGAAGUUUAGUUUAAAUUUGAUCAGCUAUUGAUAAGCUAAACUGUUGAGCUAAUUAAGCUAGCUUAACUUCACAGUUUACAUAGCAAGCUAAACCGUGUCUGAAAGAUGGAGGGAAAAGUCGUACAUGUUGUUUUCUUAUAUUUGAGUUGCCAAUGUUGAACAUUGCUAUUGUCUUUUUCCCAGUUUAACCAAAAAGAUAAUCCUUGAAACCAAACCUAUUCUUCUUUGGAGCAUCCUCCAUAUAUCACUUGCUUUAUGAGGGUAGCCUCAGACCUCGAAAACAAAAGGUGCACAAUAUAUACCAAAACAUGUGCUAUCAAGACAGAACAUAUGAAAAUAAAAACGCAAAAUAAUUUGGCCUUUGAAAGCUUAUUUCCAGUUCCCUUGUCGUAAUUGUAGAGCUUUGUGUGCAACCGUAUGCAGUAGAGGUAAGAUCAGGCCAAAAAAAUCCAGCCCGACCCGACCCGGCCCGCGGGUAUUAAAGCCCAAGCCCAACCAAUUAACUUGAUUUGCACGCCUGAGCCCGAAGAAAACCCGAAAUUUCCUAUUUUAUUUGUGAGGACUCGGGAGGAGGAGGUGUGAUUUAUGAGAACAAAUUAAAGCCUGUCUUUUGUAACGAAAUCUAAGUUAAAAAAGACUAUCAACAUUUACAUCUUUUAUAUUUUAUAGUUUCUGCAGAGGGUACAUUAACCGGCAAUUUUCCAUUAUUGAUGGAUUUUUUUUUAAGAGUUGACGGGAAAAAUUUAAGGCUGUCCGUCAUUUUGACGGGUUGAAAAUUGGGCCAUAAACCACAGCAGCAGUACGUCCUUAAGAAUCGAGCGCGGCACUUUAAGAGAGAGAAGCAGCAAGACAAAGAAGAACAAUAAUGGGUGGAUAAUAGACAGAGGCAGAAAGGAGUUCUUUAAAUUGUAAUUGCAAGACUUUAGUACAGUACGUGUUGUGAUGAGGCGACUUCCGUUUUUUUGUGAACCACGGUCUCUCGUGGCCAAAACUAUUCACGGCCUUGAAACGCCUCAGUGCACUGUGAUGUUUGGGUAGCAACAUCACAGUGAGUUGGGACAAGAUACUGAUUUUCUCACUGUGUUUCUUGCACAUCAUGGCCCACACUGCUAGCUCUGACAGGGUAUUAUGCACUCAUCAAGUUAUCUAAGUACAAGUUUCAACACUUUAUGAAAAUUUCAUGGCCUGCAAUUUUUAGUACAAUUUAUCCCAUGGUAUUUUUGGCAGAUUUCUGAAGGUUAAAAUAAUCUACAUAUUUUUAAUGAACAUGAUAAAACGUUUGCACAACGAAAUAACGCUGAAACAUUGAAACAAAAUACAUUUUCAGGAAUAUGCUUUUGGAAUAAAAAAAUCACAGUAAAAUUAAGCCUGCUGUAAAGAGUAAUUUAACAUAAAUAAGCAAGUUGACCCAACAUUGAUCAGUUCGUAGGCCAGACUUUUGAAACCUUUGCCAUGAACUCCUGUAAAUGGUCUAAGGUCCUGACAGCAAAAGUCCAUGCACUUGUCUGUGAUGGCCUGCUUAGCGCGACGAGGGGCGUUUUUUUGAAAUAAGUGAUAAUAUAGACGUUUGACGUCAAUUUGUCAAUUUUGCCAGCACAGCUGUUUAAAGCCUGCUCAGCAUUGAGGUGCCAGUCUUUUUGCUCUCAUAUGAAAGCAAAGCGCCACAUUGACUUCAUUCGGCGAAGCCAACGCAAGUUUCUGUAGCAUUUUCAACAGUCAAUUUGAAGCUUUCCCACACCAAAUGCGUGUUAUUUUUUUCAGUUCUCCUGUCUUUAGUUUGUCCUUAACUUCUUGUUCCUCCAUAUUGGGCAAAAAAAAGAUGCAGACUUGCGGAGGGGAAGAUUAUUAAGAGGGUGGCGUUCACGUGAGCAGAGCAUUCUCUGGCUCUGCGGCUCCUGUUUAGUUGUUAUAUCGCAAUUACAUGACAGCGCCUUCUCUGUUUUAUCCAAAUUAUUUUAAAAAGUAUUCCUUAGUUUAGUAUCCACACAUCGUUUAAGUACACAUUUUUAUAAACAUAUUUAUUUUUAAAAAGUCAGCAAAAGAGAAGCCCGGCCCAACCCGACCCAAAGCAAUGAUUGACAUUUUAGGCCCGACCUGACCCGAAGCUUAAGAUCUUACCUCGAGUAUGCAGCACAGUGUGCCAGCAUCUUCAUUAUUUCUGUUUUUUUGCCAUCUAGACAUGUGGUCCCUACUAUCUUAGCGUCAUCGUAGGCACCCAGCCCCAAAACAGCGGUUCACGCGUCUACCUGUAUUCACCUUCAUACACGUAACUUGACGCACAUUUAAGACAACUGAAUAGUCCUGAAUAUGGCAGCAUGAGAACAACAUCCUAGUCAUCAAGAAAAAAGGAGCUAGGAACGUUGCAAUUCAGAGACUUGAGAUCUGCCCAUUGUAUGCAGCCAAUUCUUUCUUAUAAGUCACACUCUACCCUGCUGGUCCCGAGUGUCCAUGGAUGGAAAUGUCCAGUAACCCCCAUCCUUUACAUAUUUUUGUUGAUUUGUUUUUUUGUUUAUUUUAUUUACCCUAUUCCAGGAGCAAACACAGCACACACACCACUGCUGCAGCUUAAUUGGCUGUUUUUUUUGGGGGGGGGGGUUCCCCAAAUUUCCAAUCUCACUCAGUACCUUUACCUAGCAAAUGUAAGCGAGCACUUAUUUUUUGUCAUUUUGUGUUCUCGAUCGACGUGCACAUUGUAAAACGCUUGAUGAGUACAAGACAAUGAUCUUGUUCUUUGAUGCCCACUGACAGUGAGUCAUCAGCUGCUGCCAAUAAAUGUACAACAAACAUGAACAAAGAAGAAUCACACAAACAUGAACCACCAUCAGUAUGAGAUUUUCCAUCUGUUUGAUCAUUUCGACAACAUAGGAGUGCCUUUAAUAGUUUUUGGGCAUGUUUUCAAGGGAGGCAUAACAUUUACUGCAUUAAUCCACAUACUGUGUGCUGUAUAUAAUACAAUGCUGAGCAAAAGUGCACGUGAGCGUAUGUGCUCAUAGUUUCAUGGUUCAACUGCAUGUGGGCUUUGAGGCGAUUGAUUCACUGUUGUACUUUGUACCUCUGUCAUUGCUGUUACAUUUUGUACAUUUACACACUUUUCAGACUUGAUGGAAUUAUUUGGUGAGAUGUCUUGUGUUCUCAAUAUGUAAUAUAGUUUACAAGGCGCAUAUUUCUUAUGGAGGAGGAUUUAAAAGAUGCAUCUGGUGAAAGCACAGUACCGGUAAGUUCAGAUCAGAAAUAACCUAACAUUGCUAUACCCUUCUGAAAUAUUAUAAAUGAAUAUGUACAUACACAGAUGUUUUGUAAAGAAAUAUAUUUUUUAUUCAAAUAAUGCAUUUGUAAGUUAUUGAAAAUGUGUCAAAUUCACAUGUAAAUGUCAUAUAUGAUUAUAAAACGUUUUGUAUAUUUUUUUUCUUUAGCAGCAAUGUACAUACCCUUAAUUUAUAUAUAAAUUAUAAAAUCAA